AUGAACACAAGUGAAAUUGCCAUAUCUUCUGAUCCAGUAGAGCCCAACUUAACUAUUGAGAUUCAAUUUGUUGCCUUCUAUUUGAAUCUGAGCAAGCGUCAUACCCUCCCUCAGACCUGCUCCCCCAAUUACUAUCUAAGAAGUCUUCAUGUCUUUGCCAUAUUAAUGGAGAGAAUCAACUUUAUGGGCAAACUCUUUUUUUACCAUCUCCAUGAUCUUUUGCAUGAGAACUUAGUUUUUAUAAGCAUAGCCAUCUCUUCUCCUGAAGAUCUUUUUUCAUUUCCAUUUGAGGUUGAUUCUGCCUUUUUUAUGACCAGGUUGCAUAGUUGA